CAUCACCCCCACGUCACACUUGCCCAUCUCUUCCAUCCUGUCCCUCCCAUCGCCAAACACCACCACCGCCAUCCCACUGCUCUCCCUGCUGUGGGAAAGCCCAUCAUCCAAAACUUCCCUUGACACAAAUCUUCACAGUGAUGAACCAUUUGCAGCGCUUGUACGUGACUGCCGCUUCCAAGAAGAGCGCAAACUUCUCCGGCGAGGAGGCUUUAACAAUGGAUAUCAUCUCCGAGUUUGGCAUCCAGUCCGCGUUGCAAACAAGGAUGAUCCAGAAACACCUGGGAGAUGGCGUCGAGGCCCCGGAGAUUGCGUCGACCAAGCUGGCUUUCCAAAGGAUCGUGCAUGCAGCAUUCGGUGAGGUGCUGAGCCCAGCAUUUGAUCCUUUCUCCACACCACUGAGCGCUCUCGUCGCGAGCUCCACUGUUCUACCGUUGGCCACAUCGCUCUCAGUCGGGAUCCUGCCGGAGCUCCACUCCAAAUCCUCCAAAGCUCUCGUCGCCGGCGUCGUGGGAGCGCUAGCAGGCCAGGAUGCUGCAGUUCGAGCACUGCUUUACAGGCACCGGAAGGAGAUCGUCGCUCCAUACGAACACUCGGUGGCUCACUUCCACGGCAAAGUCCUGGGCUUGACGAGAUCGCUUGAGUUGCUCAGCGGAGCUCAUCCCGCAAAGUACCAGUCGAGCCUCUUCUCUCUUCCGGUGGAUGAUAGUGGAGUUUCUCCAGCUCUAUCUGCAGAACAGGCGAGGCUAGUGUUGCAGAGGCUGGGAUUCCUGCAAUGAUACGAAGUCAGCGCAGCAUAAAACGAUGGAGGUUCUAUUACAAACCUUCGAAUGUACUCGACUCUUGCUAUAAAUUUCUUUUGUUGAAUUCUACAGAAGUUCUUUGCUGAGGUUCAAUCAUGUUUGUCUUUGAUAAAGGCUGGAUGAUGCAUGAUCGAGAGCGUAAGUCAAUAGCACGCUGUCCUCUGUCAAAUCCAACUAGAAAGCAUUAGUUUCUUUCAAGACAGCGUGCAUUUCCAAAAACUUUGGUCUGGAUUCUGAAGUAAAAAAGAGGUUGCACAGAGCGUGUUUAUCGACACGAACAUGGAUCAACGGACCUCUAGCAAGAACCAAGCGUGAGAAUUAUUGAUUCUGCUAGCAUCCGGAGGAUUAUUUCCCAGCCACCUCCAUUCAAUGUUCCGUGCCAAACAGCGUCUUCAAGAGAG